UCCGUCUCUCUCUUCUCUCUCUCUCUCUCUCUCUCUCUCCGUUGUGAGCUCGUACGAUGGAGCGCACGAUAUGGGAGGAUGGGAAUGAAGGCGCAUCGAACCCCGUGUCCGUCUCCCGUACGCGGAUGGAGCGCAGGAUAAGAGGGGGCGACAGCGCCUCGGCGAGGAAUCGGGGCGAGUCGAGCGGCGGGACGGGUGAGGAAGGAGGGGAGAAGAUGAUCCGAUGGGAGCGCUUCCUUCCUCGGCGAUGCCUGAGGGUCUUGCUCGUCGAGUGCGACGACUCCACUCGCCACAUCGUCGCCGCUCUCCUCAGAAAAUGCAGCUAUCAAGUAGCUGCAGUUGCGGAUGGACUUAAAGCUUGGGAGUUCCUAAAGGAGAAACACUACAAUGUUGAUCUAGUUUUAACAGAAGUAGCAACGCCUUCACUCUCUGGGAUCGGUCUUCUUUCCAAGAUAGUGAACAAUGACAUUUGCAAACAUAUUCCAGUUAUCACAAGAAAACUUCCUGUGAAUGGAAUUUGGUGUGAAGCCAUUGGAGUGAUUCUAAGCCAUCUUUCUUAUUCCUAUCAAGUGAUGUCUUCGCAUGAUUCCAUUGGUAUAGUAUUCAAAUGCAUGUUGAAGGGUGCAGUGGACUUUCUAGUGAAGCCGGUCAGGAAGAAUGAAUUGCGAAAUUUGUGGCAACAUGUUUGGAGAAAGUAUUGUUCCAGUCGUUGCGGGAAUGGAUAUAUAAAUGAAAAUCCAGACCAGGAAAAAUAUGAGGCUAUGUCCAACAACAAUGCUGACAGCAAUCAUGCAAGCGCAAAUGCUGGAGACAAAUCAAGGAUGAGGAAUAGCUAUGAGAAAGAAAGUGAUACUCAGAGCUCAUGUAGUAAACCAGAGGCAGUAAAUGAAAGUGAGCAACCGAGACAGGAGCCUGUUCAAACUGAAAAUAGAAGUUUCUCAAGGGAAAUUGAGUCAAAGUUAGAUAAGUAUGAUGCUGAUGUAGCACAGAUGGCACCAACACCAUCAAUGCAAGAGGAUGAAGAAGCAAAGGAUAAAUUGAUGGGGUUGGAAAUUAAAGUAACGCUAAUACAAGCAGCUGCAUCAACCGAGAAAAUUCAAGAGGAGAAUGGUUUUAAUGAUAGAAUUUCAUGUAGAGAGGACCAGGGCUCACUAAGGUCCAAAGAGGAUUUCAAUAUCCAUCCCGACCCUUCUAAUCAAAGUAAUGUACCAAAUGAACCUUCAAGACAGAUCAUCGACUUCAUCGGGACAAUUGCAACUGGUCAAUGCAGUUACACAGUCUUGGGAGACAAUGGUUGCCGAGAAGAUGUUUUAUGUGAAGCUACAGAAUUCUCAAGUGUAAAGGAAAGUGUGUCUAAUUUUGGUUCAUCGCCACUUUGGGAACUUUCUUUAAGAAGACCACAGAUCAAUAGCUUGGGUGAUCAUGCCUUUCAGGAAAGGCAUGUCUUACGUCACUCUGAUGCUUCUGCAUUUUCAAGGUACGGUAAGACAAGAAGUCAUUCUUGUCCUAAAUCAGGAUCUUCUCCUGCUAGUUUAUGCAUCAGAACCAAGGAAUGCAGUGUAAAUUGUCACCCACAAGCUGGUAGCAAUGACAUUGGUGCUGCUGGCAAAAACGUUCCUUUCUUUGAUAAAGAGAAGAAUGGAAGUGGAGGUGAAGCUCUGAUGUAUUGUAAGCCAUUGUCUGGUAGCAACAACGAAGAUGUGGACCCUUUUAUCUCCAGUCAUUCAAAGGAGGAUGCCUGUGUUGGUCAGUCAUCCACUGAGAAGUUUCUCUCUCACUCUCAACUUGGGGCUUUUCCGCUGCCAAUUCCUGUUGACUCAAUACCUUUCCAAAGCUUUUGUACGGGCUAUGGUGCCAUACUGCAACCCAUCUUCUAUCCCAACCCUUCAAUGCCAGUUCAUGGUUCAGCUGCAGUUCAAAAAGUAAAAGAGGCAUUUCCUUAUGAUCAAUCUGGUCAUACUGGCAUUCAUCUAUCUAAUAAUCUCCAAUACAUCAAUUGUCAGCAAUCCGACCAAAAUUGUGUUCCCCAUCAAUCAAAGCAAGGAAUGGUAAAUCAUAGGGUUGAUAUGGAGACGAUGGAUGCUAUAGUUGUGUUGCAAGUUACUGAGGAAGUAGACCAAACUGCUGGCUGCAGCAAGAGUAUUCACAAAGGCAGUGGAAGCAACGGUAGUAAUGAAGACACGAAUGCAGUCAUGAUUGCAGGAGCUGCUCUCGAGAGUGGAAAUGAAGAUGGGUUUCAAAGCUGCAGUGGCCAAGGGUCGGACCGUGACCAUGCUCGACGUGAGGCUGCAUUGAUUAAAUUUCGCUUGAAAAGGAAAGAUAGAUGCUUUGAGAAGAAGAAAAGUGGACACAUCUCAUUUUUAAGACAGUAUCUGCACAACUGGGCCUGCUUGAUGAUGGCUACAAUCUUGCGUACGUGGCUCAUUGCCACCUGCAAGCUGCAAGCCCCUUGAAAUGGGACUCACCUCAGUUCCCAUGUAUUGGUUAGAUAUCAUAGUAGGAAAAAGCUCGCAGAGCAACGACCGCGAUUGAAAGGGCAGUUUGUUCGCCAAGCAGUUGUUGACGGCUCUACAACAGCCACGGAAACAGAUGAUUGAGAUUGGUCAGUUACCCAGUUUUAAUCUUGUCUGCCUGGUAGCUGGGGUAGAAAGGCCAAGGUAAGGGGCAGGACCUUCAAUAUUUUGACGGGCAUUUUAUCUUCUCUGCAGCUGCGUCAAGAGCUUGUAGGCUGUCAUGUCUUUUAUCCAAUGAUAUUGUGUAUUUAUGGUGAAUGUUUUCGUGUGAAAUGCAUCAUGGUAUAUGAAUUACAAUGAUAGCCAUCAAAAUCACAGCUUCACUACAUCUCUAGUCCAUCCAUUUCUGACACGCUGUUGCUGGACAGGAACAAAAUUGAGAGUUCUGGCAUGUGCAUUUUGGGAGUCGACUAAUACAGGCAAUCUAAGUUGGAUUCAACUUGUAACACUAGAUGGGUAGUUCAUUUUGUUUCUUCAUACGUGCAUGUGCAAGUGUUCAUGCGGACAGGUUGGUGUUACUGGGCUUUGUGGUGGGAGAAACUGAGACAUCAUGAACAUAGACAUCAAGGUGGGGUCCUGUGUUCUAGUCUUCGUGAUAAGUUCUUUUCAUGCAUUAACUGAAGCUUACAUCCAGCUGUCAAAGGAGAGGUAUGUUGUGUCCGGUCUCUUCUAAAGAUUUGCGAAAUCUCUCAAUUUUAAUUGAUACUAAUGAGAAUUUGCUGAUUUUUAAAAUGACCAAAGAACCUUGGAACA